AUGGCUGAUACGAAUUGGUGCUGUUAUUGUGAUAAAGCAAUACCUACGGGUUAUUCGGGAUCACUUUAUUGCUCAGAAGAAUGCCUUCGUCGUGAUACGCUUGAACAUCGACGACCCUCAGCAGACGUCAAUGCGCUAUUUGACCCUCGGCAUUAUGACCAUAAAAUGAAGCAAUUCUUAUUCACCCCACAACAAGAUAAUGCACCAUCACCAUCCUCAAAUGGUGAUCCAUAUGAUGCCAACACCACCAACAACUCUGAUCAAGAAGGCUCCACCGUGCUUGCACGAUCACAAAGCAUAGACAAUGCAUCCACCACAGGCGACUCGGAUAAAGUUACACUCGUCAACGGUGACGACAAUGAUAAUAACAGCUGA